CGCGUCCGCCAUUGUGGAAUUUCACUGUGUAAUUAUUACGCGGCGAGGGCAGUGCGGGGCACGUGUCAGCAGGUUCAGUGAAGACAGAUGGGGAGAGAAAAGGUUAAGGUUUUUGCUGUGUUUUUAGACACCAGCGUGUUGUCGCGCACCCCCAUCGCUAUUUCUGUCACAGAUACGACUCCUGUUCCAGCACUGCAAUGCCACAGAAGAACGCGCUCUGUAACACACAGCACACCUUGUGCAUUGCAGCAGUUUAUUAUCGUUUUAUUAUCGUGUUUUUUCCUCUUCUGCUAUAUUGUCCUGUCUGCUUGAUUACCUGAUCAGCGAAUACAUGUUACAGUCAAACAAUCGGCUGCAUUCACAAGCGAUGCCCCGAAAAGAUGUUGAGUUGACUUCUUGAUCUUAUUGGCUGUACGACUGUCCCUCAACCAUCUGAAUUUACACACCUCCUCCAGUCAUGAGAGUGCACAUUUAGAUAGAUAAGAGUAAUUAAAAAACAAAAAACACGCAUCUAUAUUUGGUGCUGGCAAAGAGAGCAGAUUUCUGCUGAGCUGGUUCUCCGCGCAGUGGAUCCUCCCAAAGCGUCGGCCAUCUUGCAUUAAAUCUUAUCCCUGCGACACGCCCUGGCACGUGAGCACCCCGCUGGCCAGGUACCUGCCGUGCGUGCCCUCCUGAUCGUGUCUGCUCAUGACUUUGGAAUGCACUUCUGCGGCACUUAGACUGGAGAAGAAACUUUUUUUUUACCUUCACCUGUAGUUUUUUGUGCAUGAAAAUUAUACUGCCUAGUGGCCACAGGAGAUCUUUGUGUUCAUGUGAAAUAAGAAAAGCUGCUCUUAAAUCCCACUCUCAGUGCUCUCCUUGUACCGUAAGCUCCAGGAAAGCAUCUGAAAUCACCAUGAGAACCGCACACAGUCUCAGCAAUACAGCGCACAUUAAGCACCCAGUAUGUUUAUCUCCGUCCUCGGAGAAAAUGGCCUUUACCGUAGGUGCAGUCAGAGGAUGAAGAACAGCCGGUCUGAUGAGUUUAUUGUUUGGCAGCUGUUAGAUAAAUGGUUAAGGAUACCGACUUCUCAGGCCAAGUGUCAAGUGGGUGGCCUGUUCUGCGUGGGCAUCCACCAAUGAGAUCGUGUCAGCUGGCCUCUUCCUGUUCACUCAGCCAAUCACUGGGGUCCUGUCUCAGCCUCCUGGCAUGUCAGUGGCCCCUCUAGAAGCAUCUCACAAUGUUAGUGCAUCUCUGCCUGACAGAAGCCCUUGCACAACACCCAGACAUGCGUAUGCCAGAUAGUUAGUGUGGAAUUCACAGUUCCCUAAUUCACUGAGUGUAUUGCCACAGUUUAAUUGUCAAUUUACGCUAAACAUUCAAGCAGGACAUUAUGUGUACAUUGCAUUCCUACACGCCAUGGAAACAAUUUUCUUCAUACCUCCUUAAAUUGACAUUAGAAAUGUAAGGCUAGAAUCUCUCUCUCUCUCUCUCUCUCUCUCGCUCUCUUUUUAAACAUUAGGGGCAACAAGAUGGAUCCGAUUAAGUGGACUAAUAAGGAGCAAAUGAAAACCACGGAAGAUUAAUAGAUUUCCCAUUUCUGUAGUUUAUUCAGAUCCAUUGAAAGCCAUUUUCUCUAUAAUAAUAAUAAUAAUAAUGAUAAUAAUGCUUCAUUAGAAUCAGUACUUGAAAGAAACCCCCAGAAUGGAUGUAUAAUAGCAUGGUAGAAUACGGUUACUAUGGCGAUAUUUUGUUUGAUCUCUUACUCAAUUAAGCAGAAAGACAGCCCAAAAGGACAAACCAAACCAUUAAGCCCAAAAGGACAAAACAAAAAAUACCCAAACACUUUUAAAGACAUGCAUUCUACAGAUAGACCAGGGGGCACACAGACCAUCCUGUAUAGAUAAAAAAAAACAUCAUUUGCUGUAGCAUACAAAGAAGCACAAUUGUGAAAAUACUUCACUAAUGACUGAUAAUAUGAAAAUUCUCUUUAAACCGGUUUUAUAUUUCAAAAUGACCUAAAUAAUAAAAAAGUCGGUCUCUCUGGAAAAUCCUGUUUUGUACUAAAUACAGCUUCGUCUCUCAUACCUCGAGACACCACUGUCCGGAGCUGACCUUUCAGAAAGAACAUGAGGCCUUGUAUUAAUGUCAUUCUUUGUUUUCCUUUCUCUACCUGUUUGUUUUGUUUAUUAUUUUAUUAAUGCAUCAUCUCCCCGAAGCCUCAGCCGGGUCGACUGGCACGCGUGCAGGCUGCGGGGCUGGUGGACCUGCCCUGCCUGGAUGAGCUGCCGUCCCGUGCGGCUCAGCUGGCAGCGCUGCAGAACACGGAGGAGUUCGACGUCCUCGUCGUCGGGGGAGGGGCCACCGGCUCUGGGUGCGCCUUGGACGCUGUCACCCGGAAUCUUAAAACGGCCCUGGUGGAGCGCAGCGAUUUCUCAUCCGGGACCAGCAGCCGCAGCACCAAGCUUAUCCACGGGGGAGUCAGGUACCUCCAGAAAGCCAUCAUGAAACUCGAUUACGAACAGUACCUGAUGGUGAAGGAGGCCCUCCAUGAACGUGCCAACCUGCUGGAGAUAGCUCCCCACUUGUCAGCUCCUCUACCCAUCAUGCUCCCUGUCUACUCGUGGUGGCAGAUUCCAUACUACUGGGCUGGGAUAAAGAUGUACGACCUGGUGGCCGGAGCCCAUUGCCUGAAGAGCAGCUAUGUUCUCAGCAAGUCCCGGGCUCUGGAGCUCUUCCCCAUGCUGAAGCGGGACAAGCUGGUGGGGGCCAUCGUCUACUAUGACGGGCAACACAAUGACUCUCGGAUGAACCUGGCCAUUGCUCUCACCGCUGCCAGACACGGCGCCAUCACGGCUAAUUACACGGAGGUGGUGCAUCUGCUGAAGGGGGUGGACAGCCAGACGGGGAAGCAGAGGGUGUGUGGGGCGCGCUGCAGGGACGUGAUCACAGGACAGGAGUUUGACGUGCGAGCAAAGUGUGUCAUCAACGCCACGGGGCCGUUCACCGACUCGCUGCGGAAGAUGGAUGACCAGAGCACCCACAACAUCUGUCAGCCCAGCGCAGGGGUGCACAUCGUCAUCCCAGGCUAUUAUUGCCCAGAGAGCAUGGGGCUCCUAGACCCAGCCACCAGCGACGGCCGCGUCAUCUUCUUCCUGCCCUGGGAGAAGAUGACGAUCGCCGGGACGACAGACACCCCCACCGAGGUCACAGCCCACCCUGUCCCAGUGGAGGAGGACAUCAACUUCAUCCUGAGGGAGAUCCGCAGUUACCUGAGCCCUGACGUCGAAGUGAGACGAGGGGAUGUUCUGGCCGCCUGGAGCGGUAUCCGUCCACUGGUAACAGACCCCAGCUCUAAGGACACUCAGUCCAUCUGCCGCAACCACAUCGUGAACAUCAGCGAAAGUGGGCUGGUCACUAUAGCAGGCGGAAAAUGGACGACGUACCGCUCCAUGGCUGAGGAAACGCUGGACGUGGCAAUCAGGGCCCACAAUCUGCAGGCUGGGCCGUGCAGAACCGUGGGCCUUUUGCUGGAGGGCGGGAAAGACUGGAGCCCCACCCUGUACAUUCGACUGGUCCAGGACUAUGGAUUGGAGGUGGAGGUUGCCAAGCACCUUGCCUCAACAUACGGAGGAAAGGCCUUCGAGGUGGCGAAAAUUGCCCGGGUCACCGGGCAGAGGUGGCCCAUAGUGGGCAAGCGGCUGGUUUCGGAGUUCCCCUACAUCGAGAGUGAGGUGCACUACGCGGUGCAGCAGUACGCCCUCACGGCCAUCGACGUCAUCGCCCGCCGCACGCGUCUGGGCUUCCUGAACGUGCAGGCGGCUGAGCAGGCCCUGCCUCGCAUCGUGGACAUCAUGGGGAAGCGGCUUGGCUGGAAUGAGCAGAAGAAGCAGAAAGAGUUGGAAGCUGCCAGAGAAUUCCUGUACCAGGAGAUGGGCUACAAGGCUCGCUGGGAGCAGCUAACCAACACGUCCGAGAUCAGCCUCACACCCGAAGAGGUGGAACGGUACGGGAAAAGGUUCCACAAGUUUGACAAAGGAAGUAAGGGGUUUAUCACCACUGUGGAUGUUCAGCAGGUCCUGGAGAGCAUCAGCAUCCAGAUUGACGAGAACAUGCUGCACGAAAUUCUUAACGAAGUCGACCUAAACAAAAACGGGCAGGUCGAACUGAAUGAAUUCCUGCAGCUGAUGAGCGCUGUAAAGAAGGGUACUGUGUCGGAUAGCCGGCUGGCUGUCCUGAUGAAGACCGUGGAGGAGAGCUUGGAGGAGAGAGGGCCUGUAACUGUUGACCGGAGUGGUGGAGGGGUGUAGGCCAGGCACCCAACCCCCACGGGGGAGCCAGCACAGUCUUAGAGACACCCCCCCCCCACACCCCCAAUCCAGAUACACUCAAACACAGUCCGAGUAUGAUGAGUAAUAUUACCAUUACACUAUCUUUUAAAAUAUUUCUUACAUUUUUCAGAAAGCUUUGUUUGUCAUACAUAAAGCACGCACUUUGAUUUCUAUAUUAUUGCCAAUUUUACAUUUUACCAAUGAUAUUCCCAACAUUUUAUACGUAAUAUUUAUCCAGAGCUCUAAUUUAAUAUGCCAAACGUUACUUCUUUGUACUGUAGACCUUUUACAGCCCGAAAUACGCACAGCUGAAUGUAUCGAUUUGAGUUCUGUAUCGUUGAACAUGCAUUUUAGUUUCCUUGUCCCGUUUCGGAAUAUUUCCCGUUUUUCUUGCUAAAUUAUUUUUACGACCUGCUGUUUUUCAUGUGCCAUGCUGCUAUGACAUUUUAGCCUUUUUCAAAUUAUUUUCUCAAGAUAAUCAGAUUUAUAACAGUUCUCUCGUUGCCAGGUUAUGCUGAAAUGCCAUUGGCUUUAUUUAAUAUCUUUAAUCGCAAAAAAUACAGUUUCCCUCAUGCAAUUAUGUUGUAUAUAAAUUUGAAUCGUAUCCAUAUACUACUUUUAUUUCACAUUCUAAUUCGCUUUUUAAUGAUAUGCAGAGUCAUCAGUUAAGGCACUUAUACGCAGAGUGCGGUGGGUGUAUCCGAUUGGCCCACGGAAGCAUUAUUGCGCAACCUCAUUUUGUCCCGUCAAAUAGGAUUAAUUAUUACACGUGAGGCCUGCCUUUAAUUUCAGGGCCUGUCUGUGCACUUGCUGUUUUUACGGCCUGUCAUUUACAGCCUGCAGUGUGCCGCAUGACCCUCUCGCAUUUAUAGAGUCAUAAGGGAAGGCGUUUAAUCCACUGUACCCUCAAAUCUAGGAUGGAUUGAAACCAUGAAUCAACAUGGCUGUGGCUGCACUGCCGCACACGCGUGCACCGAGAGCGCACACACAGAACCGCAGCUCUUCAGCAGGCUUGAUAAUACAAAAUUAAUUACAUUUAAUUAGUAAAUACGUCUAAGAUUUUUAAAUGUCUUGAAGAGUUUUGCUUUCCCAUUCAUGCUUUAUUUUAUUUUUAAACUUCAAAUGGGAAGCAGAAUAAUGAAUUUGCUUACCCACAAUGACACAUAUUCAGCCGCUCAGUCACUGGAUGACAUCAUGCACUAUUCAUCUAUGCAGUUUCAUGCUUAUGCGCUUUGGCCGGAGAAGAGUCUCUUUCCGGUUGCAUCCGGGGUGUUUCAGGGCUGUUUCUGGCUUGAGCAUUUGCUGCUUCCCCGUGACAUCGCCCUACUGGACUUUUCUGGUAUCUCCACUUGACUCAGUUACUACUGAAGUGCAAAUAAUGAAUAAAUCCGUGAACAAUUAUAGCAUCACGAUUCAUUAAUGAUGAAUUAACAUGCGAUCAGUAUGUAACGAAGACUUAGUUUGCAGUUAAUUAAUGCACAAGUAAUAGGAUAAUUACUGUAUUAUUUGCGCCCCAUCAGGUAAAGCGUCAGCGCUUCUUAAGAUUGAGCCCCACAUCCUGACAUCUCUGAGCAGGUGCUGAAUGUGCUUAACCAGAGCCCAUCGUUAGCCGGGUUGCACAAAUCGCAUCUAAUGCUGCCUGUAUGAUGCUCUGGUCCUUCAAACAGUAAGGCACUGUGCAGAACAUUAGCGUAGGAAAGUUCACAUUACUGCUUACCUGUCCAUCUUCUAACCAUGUAUCCUGGUCACCAGGACAUUUUACCAAUGCUUUUUAUUUUUAUUUAUUAUUUUUUUUUUUUAUUGUCAAUUGUUUGCUUUUCCUUUAGUGAAAAUCCAGUACAGUAAAAAUGGCAAAGAAUUUGUUCAAAAACUAUUCUUGCAGAAAACACUGAGCUGAAGUAUUCAGUUUCUCCAGUACACAGUGUAUAAUACACUAUUUAAUUCCAAAAUCUAAACUAUCGCCUAAGUAUCAAAGGACAUUAGCUAAAUACUUGAAUUCAGAUUUUCAAUUCCAGAUUUAAUCAAAACCUUAAAAUCAAGGGGAUGCCUUUACAGACCUGCCCAGAAGCGAAGUGCUGGUGUGACACGAAACUUGGGGUCAGAGGUCAAAGGUCAGAGGUCACCAUGACAUAAGCAAGAUGUGAGAAGACAGAACACCACGACCCCUGCCAUUUAGACAUGACAGACACGUUUGCUAAUUAACACUCGUGUUCAUGGAGACUAAAAAUAACACAAUUUAGGAUUUAAUAGCAAUUAAAACCUCAUUCGUGAAACGCAGGGAACACAUGAACACGCAGAGAUUUGGGACUCUGUUUAAGGUCAGUGACAUCAUUUAUCUAAGUACCGUUGGCUGACAUCACGGCAUCAUGGAGACUGGGAAUAGUUAGUCGUGUCUGUGUCCGUCGUUCUUCCCACCAUGAAGUGGAAACCCCAGUGUGACCUCUUAGAAUAAAACUUUGGCUCAAUAAGACACUCAACUGGACCAAAAAGGUAUAAUCACAGUAGACUCUUUAUGUAUUUGGUGUAUCAGAAUCUAAACGUCUGGCAAUUAGCAACUUAAUAGGGUUUUAUUCACGGAUGGAAGAACCCUACUUAACAUUUCCAGUUAAAAUGAAGCGGGAUUGACCCUAAUAUAAACGUAGCAGCUUAGAAUUAGAUGGGGCAGUGGCUUCAUUAGCAGUGACGGCUGCCGCCUCGUCCAUGGCCGGCCCAUCCAGUGCCACUGCGUGUCCACACUAAUCUAAGCAGCAGUGAACCAUCAAGAACAUUAAAAAGAUAGCAGGGACACUGAGAUCCUGAUUGAGGUUAAUUAGUUGUGGUUGGAAUUUGUGCAAUACACAAAUACUAAUGAAGUAUCUGAGCCAAGGUCUGUCGUUUAACUAUUUGUUAAAAAUAAUGCAUCUGUAAUACUGUAAUUCUUGUUCCUUCAGUAGUUCACAAAGGUUUGCGGAAUUAACAGAUAUAGUGACAAAUGUAGUAUCUUCUUGGGAUAAAAGAUUCAUUAAUGAUGCACGGACAUGAGGUCAAUAUGUAAGAAAGACAGUUUUGUUUUUAAUGAGUAAUAGCAUAACGCCGCAUUACUUGUACCUUCUCGAGUGAAGUGUUUCCAAAACGUCUGCAGACGAAGAUCUGAUCUCAGAGGGAAUCGCAGUGAACAGAAUCAAAUAUCUGUGGCUUAAAGUCACACGCAAUCAUCAACCACAUGGAGAGAACAGCAUCACAGCACCGUAUGAUAACAGUCCAGCACCUUCUGGCACUAUGGUUCUUUAAACAUGGGGUUCGCCGACUCCCGUUUGCCUCAUGAAAGACCCAGUUUCUCGCAUAAUUCCUGUUUUAGGUCCUGCAGUGGGAGCCUGGUCCAUUUUAUCAUCGGGCAAGUAUAGUGUUGUUGCUAAACCCAGGGACACCACCACCACCACCACAAUUCAAGGGCCCUUGGCAGCCAAACGCCCUCCCUAUAGGGUCAGGGGCCCUUGUAGGCAGAGGAUCAAAGAAUGUAGGCCCUCUAAAAUAGACAAACGAAAAUACAUUGUUGAAAAGCGUUGCAAAUUGUUUUUGGCUAGGGGCCCCACAGGCCCCCUGCACCCCAAGGGCCCCUGGGCAGCAGCCCCGCUGGCCCGGUCCGUAAUCCGUCCCUGGCUAAACCAUAAGGUGUCUGUCAAGUACCACAAAUAUCCCAUCAGCCACUGUAGUUUCUCCAUGUCUGUCUAUUGUCAACAUUGGUACCUCGACGAUACCAAUAACACUCAAUCACAACCUGAAUUUUUAAUCAGCAUGUUCGCAGGAGGGAGUUAACCCUAGAACAUCUGGCUGCUGCCCCAAGACCAAUAAGCCAUAGUUUCUUCAUGUUUAGGGACUUCAGAAUUUUUGUUCCGUUUCUCAGUGAUAUCUUUGCCUAAGUGAGACAGGUUGCUUUAUACAGAUGAUGCUCUCUAAUGGAAUCACUCCCGGUGUUACCAUGUAUUACGCAGGCAGUGUUAUAGUCGGUGCCCUUUAGUGCUGGGUGUUUAGUGAGCCCUUACGGAUUCUGCGCCUAGCUUAAGGGGUAGUAUGUGGCUUAGUGAGUUAGGUCAUUGUGUUUAUGACCAGAAGGUUGUUGGUUCAAAACCCAGUUGGCAGAACAAUAGAAAGUACUGAGCAGGGCAUAACAGAUGAGUGAGGGGCUGGACAUUCUGGGAAGACAAACCGUGUCACAGAUACUUAUCGUGGUUCAGUCCCACGGCUGCUGUCCGGUUCGUUUGGCCCGGUCUGACUGAUUUACCGCAAGCCAGUUCCAGCCUUGAUAAAUCUAUUACACUUUCCUUCCGCCCAUUUCAUUAACGUGAAUGAAAGCAGUGACACUCUCUGCAUAACGGCCUUUUAAUGCCUUGGCCCUGUCACCUGCCUGCAUAUUAAUGCCCUGACUUACUGCUCCGCAGAGGAAAUGAGUAAGGGCUGUUUGAAUGCGAUCAGCGCCAUACAAUGCAAUUAGGCAGUCACCGCAGUCCUGCGCCUUUAAUCCUGAACUAAUUUGAGCAGCGGCUUGAUAGUCCUGCGAAUCCUGCAUAAUUACACAGAGAGCUGGUCCGAGGCCUGAGAUCCUGGUGUCCACUGUGGUGGGGGGAGGGGGGAGGGGGGUGAUGAAGAAAUGAACGAACGGCAUAUUCAAUAAAUAUACUGUCGCUGUUGUAUAUUGCUUUGCACUGGAUGACUUGGAUGCCCUGCGAUGGACUAGCCCCCCGCCAUGGGUGUCCUUUCCCCUGCCUCAUUCCUUCUGCUUCUUGGGAUAGGCUCUAGAUUCUCCGAUGCCCUGACUGAUUGAUGGAUGGAUGGAUGGAUGGAUGGAUGCUGGCAUCAGUGAGCAAUGGUGCAUAAAAGCAGCCAAGCAGAGCAUUUUCCGGGCUUUUUUACGUAACCAUCAGGAGAGAGAGAGGAAAAGUGAGAAAGCGAGUGAGAAGAAUGGGGGGAGUGUGCUGAAUUAAGCCAUUGUGAUGGUAAAUGAUCUCCGGAUGAGGUUCACCCUGUCUACAAGUCCGCCGUUUUCUGUGCAAAGAUAACGGCUUUAUUCAGUCGUGCCGGAGGUCCCUGCGAAGCCUAGCAGUGAUUGAUUAACUUCAAUUACCAGGCGCCUAUUUGCAUAGAUAAAAAAAAAAAAAACUGCUUUUCAAUUUGCGAGGGGCACACGGCUGUCGACGCCCUGCCCUGGAAUUUGCAUGUCAAUGGGAACCUCAGGGGUAUUAAGGUGACAGACUGCGCUGAUCACAGCUCAGCCGUCUGACAGGGGCUGCCCUAAGCAUCAUUUUCCACAGAAACACGAGACUGAUGUGAGGGGAGAUAGGUACCAGCAGAGGGCUCGGUGGCUAAAGACUUAGACUAACUGUGCCUUGCGAAGACAUGUCUGUAUGUAGCCUGAAUGCUACGCUAACUUGCUUGUAAAUAAAUAUUAGACUUAUUGGGUUUGUAAAACUGUAUCUCAUCAUACUGUUGAAAUACAUGUUUGAUGACAUUUGGCAAGACAAAGAACGUUCACUGUGGUCAGCAUUCUGCGUUGACACCCCAUCUACCAUACACGUUUCAUACCUUUAUACACUCAUUUGCAACACAGCCAAACACAUGUGUUCAUUUAUUAAUUUUUUUGUCUAUAUACUUGCCUCAUCAUUGCACAUCUCCCAGAAAAUCCCUGUAUUUUGUCUUAUUCUAUUUAUUAUCAUUGUACUUUUACAUUUUGGCUAUUUAGUUAUAUGCUUAAUUUGCGCAAGUCAUGACGCCACCAGUGCGAAAAGGAAUCCCUUGUACUUUUCUGUACUGGCGAAUAAAAGAUUCUGACUCUGA